GUCAAUAUUAUUGCCGAACUAUGAAACAGCAGGAGGAUAAAGGAAUUCUUUCCUUCGAGAGACGAGAAUCCAGUCGGAAAUCCAGUGUGACAAGCCAAAUGAUACAGCUCAACAGCUGUUCACGCUGUUCACUCGAGUGCCUAAAUAUUGCAUCGCAUUGCGCAUUGCAUUGCAAUGUUUUUAUUUAUGUUUAUCUUUCGUGUUUGUAACAUUGCAAUUAUUGAAAGGUUUUAUUCUAUCGAAUUUGUUGAACGUUGAAAUCGCGAAUUUAACAAUAUUUCAAGUACUUUUAAGUAUUUUAAAUCUACAGUGAAUUUCAAUUUGAAUGCCGGUAUCGUUAUUCAAUAUCAGUGAUACUCGUAAAUAAAGUUUCUCGGUGGCUAACCAUUUCAUCUCAUCGUAACCGAAACCUGAAUCUGAAUCAUGGACACUGGAAAUUCAAACGAGACAACAGCAGGUCAUCAGAAACCGAAAAAAUUGAUCAGAAGUCAGUUCAAAGAUAUCAUGGUCAAAGUAGACGAAGAUAUUUAUUACUUGGAUCGGCUACGAUUAGCUUUAAAAUCGGGAUAUUUUGAAAAACUAUUCACCGGAGGUUAUAGAGAUGGGAACUGCGACUUAAUUGAAAUCCCAGUGAUAGACACCGAUACUUUUUCCACUGUGGUUGAUAUCAUUUAUGGAGAAGAAUUGAUAGACGUCAUUAAUGACGACAAUUAUGCAUCUUUAUUGAUGGCCAUGGAAUAUCUGCAAGUGGGCAUUGACGAAGAUUCUUAUCGAGGAGUUCUGUCGACACGGUUAUGUUCGCGCUUUUUGAACCGUCCCAUUACUGCUGAAAUAUUCAGAUUAUACAGUUUCAUCACGGAAACUGGAAAUUACCAGAGUUUAUUGCCAGUUGUUCUUCAACACCUGUCUCUACAUAUGCUUGAGUUACAAGAUCACGAUGAAUAUCUAUCAAUUCCGUUCGAUCAUUAUAUUCACAUAAUUGCUCAACAAGAUUUUCGAUCUAAUGAAGAAAUACACACCAAUCAAAAACACGCGUUAAAUGAAGUUUGUGGCAAGUGGAUCUGUCACGAUAUAGAAAAUCGUUUACCAUGCAUGAUAAAGCUCGUAAAUGCUGCCAGGUUCAGAUCUUCCUGUCCUAAUAAGCUCUCUUACGACGAUACUAAUUUACGGUUGCCAGCCAUCGAUCAGUCUACGAAUGUAGAUAAAGUUUCAAGAUAUUUUUACAAAUUCUUCACAUAUACUGGAGAAAUUAUUCAAACUGUUGAUGAAUUAAGAUCGGAAGUAUAUGAAGAUGAAAAAUACCAACAUCUCUAUCGUCAUGUGGAUGGAAACUGUUCUGGCUUAACGUGGCUUGAUAAUUUAUUUCCAGAUGAAGGUGACCCUCACGAUUGGAUUGUUCCCAAUAAAGACUCAAAGCUAGAAGCGUUUCUGAGAAAUGGCCACUUGUACGACAUCACAGUCAAAGCUGGUGAAAAACUGUAUAAACUCCAUCGAGCUGUAUUGAAAUAUGAAUGUAUGUAUUUCAAGGAAAUCUUUUCUAAAGAGUUCUCUGUGUUGGCUGCACAAUGUGAGGGUACACCACCAACCCCUCCGAGCAAGGAUAAAAUAUAUUUUAUCGAUGAUAUCGAUUCCCCAUCGUUUGAUAGUGUAGUCGAUCGUAUCUACAAAUUGCGAAAACAGACAGAGUUCACAUCUGUCGGGAUUGUUCGUUUAUUCAAAGCAGCACAUAAAUUAAAAAUUGGCAGCUUGAUGAAUUCGUGUGAGAACUGGAUGAUGAGCCAUUCUAGAGCCGUGUGUGCUGAAGAUGUCGUUGAAUUGUUGAAUUUUACUCGCGAGAACUUCAAAUAUAGAUCACUGCAUGAAUUUUUCUUGACCAAAUAUGUGAUCGACUCGUGGCCAAAAAUAGACAACUUGCUACAAUUCUCAGACCUUUUCAAGGCAAUCGGGCUGCAAAUCGGCGAAGACAAUACGGUAGACAUAUCUGAUAAGACUGAUCAAGAAACAUUCAAGUUGAUCGUCGAUUACAUGUUUCUAAACACUGUAUUUGUAGAGUAUCACAAUUUGUUGAAAUUUUUGAUAGCGACCGAGUUCUUUAGAAUAAAAAAAUUAGUUGAAAGAUGCGCAUUAGUGUUAAUGCUUCACCAAGACAGAAUAAAAUCCGAAGAUGUGAUAGAUGUGGUCGAAGUGUUGAAUUUCGCUCGCAGGAAUAUCGAGUUUCGCGAAGCUCUAAACAGCGUUUACCUAGCCAAAUACAUGAUCAAAUGGCCUAAUGUGGACAACUCGCUGUUCUGUUCGAUUUCUUACAAUUGCCUGGAGAAUUUAUUAACGUCGCCCGAAUUUCUUCUCGAUGAUCCACUCGAAAUUCUGGAUAUGUGUUCGAAAUGGGUAAUGCAUGAUGUGGAAAAUCGAUAUUGUCUUAUUUCUCGAAUCGCUUUCGCUAUAAGUCAAAAUCAUAUUGUAGAUUGCGAUGAUUAUCCUAUCCCAAGCCCUGCUGAUUUCAACAACUGCUCGCAAGACUCCAUCAAAGAGAAGCUAUGGGAAAUUCUAGCUUCAACUUCUGUUCUACCCUUUGCAGUAUUAUCGAUAGAUGAAUCAAAAAUGCGAAAAACAAGGCUUCCAGUGUUCAUCACACGGGAGACGGAAGGUGGAGUAUUUAAAAUUUUUGAUUCAAAUUGGGACGAAAUCGAUUCGUUUGUUUUUCGUAAAAAUACUCGUACCAGUAACUUCAAAUAUUUAUAUCCAAUGUCAGCCUGCGUGAUCAACGAUAACCUAUUUCUACUUCGUGGUCAUUCUAACUGUUCUGGUUUUUACGUUUUUAACUUAUUAUCGAAAAAGUUAUUCUCUUUAGCAUCAGAUGUGCGACUUUGCAAGACCAAGAGUCAUUACUGGUGCCAAUAUACAUUACUGAAUUGUCGUAACGAAAUAUACAACUGUCUCGAAGACGGUGAAAUUUUUAAAUAUUCGUUCGAGUUGAACCGCUGGAUGAGAUUUGCAAAACCCGAGCUGGAUAAAGGUGGAUUUCGAUUCGCAUGCGACGGAGAGAAAUUGUACAGGAUGUGUAAAAUAGCGCAAACUGGCCCCACAACCGAUUUUAUCAUGGAAGAAUACAGCUUUGAGCAAAAAUCGUGGAUUUCUGUGCCUAAUUCGAGACUGCAGGUGAAUUUGCCCCAUGACGAUGAUGAUGUUGAUGAUGAUGAUACUUGGAUGCUUCCUGAUCUGAUACAUUUGAACGAUAAUAAUGGUUUCGCCGCGUUAUUCGAAGGACAACAGCUAUUUCGAUUCGAUCCGCAGGAAGAAAGUUGGCGAAAUAUCGAUUUAUGGCCAUACAAUGAUCACAAUUCCCCAGAUAAAUAUUGUACCAUUGGUCAGAAUGAAACUGGUCAAAUGUUGUUAGUAAUUGAUAAUUUAGUGUAUUGUCUCGAUGAUUUAUAUAAUAGCUGGGAACUCAUAAAGGAAUAUACUCUUUCUUAUGAAGAUAUCGAAGCAAUUCACACACCCUCUAUUUACGUGUAAUUAUUUUAGUCGCAUACAGUUUCAUAAUUAAUUAGCUACCUACAUAGAUCAUUGAAUGCAUGUUUUAUACUUACCUACCUAAGUGUGUGAAUAUUGUUGGAAAUAAAUUUGAAACUUGUUUUCUACUAAAUUUUUUAGUAGGUACAUACAUAUGUAGCAUUUACUACAUAUAAAAUACAGUAAAUUUUGCAAAAAGGGCACCUAACCAGACUACC